AGACGAUCAAUGAAACGUUUUCUAGAACGAAAUUUUGUAUGAAAGUUGAAACUUCCAAUUAUAUUUUAAAACUGCGGGAAAAACCGAAUUUUAGACAUUUUACACAUUUAGACUUUUUUAUGACUAGAUUCCAGGUGUAAAAAGAGUAGAGAAGAAAAACUGCUUGUAAGAUGGAUAUGUUGUUAGAGUUUCCUAAUAUGGUGCUACAGAAUAAAGAAGGAACAAGAUACGAUGGUUAUAUAACUGUUAUGAAUGAAGAUUUCCGUUUGUGCCUAGAAUAUCCAUCUGACAUCGCCAAAGCUACUUUGUCAUGUGACUGGAAAUUAAAAUGCUUAUUGGACAGUUGUCUGGAUGUGCUUAAACAGAGAAUUUUACAGAGUAAAUCUUUGCCAAGUUUUCUGCAAGAAAUGACAAGAAUUAUUGAAAAGAAGUUGGAAGUGACCAAAAGUACGAAGUCAUCCAAAGAACCUAUAAAAUGUGGUCAGAUUAUAUCAGAAAUUGAGAGUUUGGGUUGGGACAGACUUGUAUCAGUAGAUGCUGACUUCACAUUAUUACAAUUCCUUCAUACAGACCAUAAAGGGAGAGAACACAUCCUUGGAAUGAAGCUUCAUCCUCAGCAUCCUGUAGAACCACCCCAGUGUAUAACAGAUCUUCCUGUACCAUUUGAUCCCCAUUGGACCAAUAAAAGUACACUUGAAGAUUUAUACAACCAGUUCACACACAGUGUAAAUAGUUACCAGUUAUUUUGGGACUGUAUGGAAGACAUAGACAAGAAUACCUGGGUCUUAGAACCAGACAAUCCAAGCUUCAGUGCAGUAUACAGACGUAUUGCCAUUAGUUCAUCUGCAUCAGUUCAAAUUACAGUGGAUCCAAGACAACCACAGUUAUUACCCAGUUGUAGAUUUAUGGGAGCUGAUCAUAGUGUGAGUCAAUUAAGACAGAACAUGAACUCUAACCUUUAUCACUGGGAUCCAGAAGGAAAUCUGCUAGAGAAUCUACAGAGUUUAUUAGACAUAAUCUUCCCUACUCCUACAACAUCAAAGAAAGAGGAGUUCAGUAUGGAAUGUGGGAUCUGUUAUUCAUAUAAACUGGAGACAGAAUUACCCAAUGAAGUAUGUAACGAUAGUAGAUGUGAACAGGCUUACCAUCAUUCCUGUUUGUAUGAGUGGUUGAGGUCAUCUGGAUGCAGACAAAGUUUUAAUACAGUUUUUGGAGAAUGCCCAUAUUGCAGCAAGCCAAUUACAGUCAAGAUGCCAACAACUUGAUUACAGAUCAAUAAUAUCUAUAUAUAAAUCCAACCACCAUGGACAAAACAGAGGUGUACCAGUUCUAUUUAGGAGAGAGAUAACAUUAAACCUAAGAGUAGCUUACCAAUACCAAUGAUAAUCUACAGUGAUUAAAAUAUAGAUUUUUGCUGAGUUUAAAAACACUUCUGCAAAUAAAUGCUGCACAACCCAUAGAUUUACCAGUUCUAUUUAGGAGAGUGAUACCAUUGAGUCAAGGGCAUCUUCAAAACUUUUUAACAAGUGCCAAUGAUAAUUUACAGUGAUUUGAUUGUUGACUUUGUUGAGUUUAAAAACACUUUUGUUAAUAGAUGACCGCAUUUAAUUAUGUGUUACAGGUUCUUACAUAUAGCAUGUGUACUCUCCAAGUAUCAUUCAGACACAGCUAGAAACCUGAAAAAGUUAUGAUUUGUUGGAAGAAAAUGAACUAAUUGUACAUUGAAACAUUUAUUGCUAAGAAAUCUCAUAACGUUUAAUAGCGGAAUGUCUAUUAAAUUAUUCAAAAUGUGAAUUUUUCAAAACUGGCUACAUAAAAUUUUGUUAU